AACUGCGCCCUGACACACAGCCACCCUGGGAGUCCCCAGCCUGUCCUACAAGGGGACCUGUCCCCAGCUGACUCCAGGAGAUCCAGACAUCAGCCUCAGCCCUGACCCCCAUCUGUCCUCAAAAGCAUGAGAAGACUGUGGUUCAGCAGGUGGUUUGGGAGCAAUUCAACUCUGAAGUCAAGAACCAUCUGGAAGCCUUCAAGGAGAUGCAGAAAACCCCCCCUGGGCUCCAGCAGGCCAGCUACAAGCUCCUGGCUGGAGCUCCUCCCCCGGAAAAGACAUCCUCACGGGAGCCACCUCCUGGACACCUUGCACUCCCUCUUCCAAGCUACCUCCGACCCUGAGCUGGCUCAUAUCAUAGUGCUGGUCCACCUGUCAGACCCUGACCCCGAGCGGCUCCACAGAGCAGCUGCCAAUAUUUCCGGCCCCUUUGCACCGCACCUAGAGUCCCGGAGGCUGCUUGUGGUCAGCGGUCUUCUUGGCGACUCCCCUCUCCCGCGACCCCUGACGCCCAGUCAGUCCUCACCCUGUGAGGCUCUGCGCUCCCGGCAGAGAGAAGGUCAGGCCCUGCUCAUGAACUUCGCCAGCGAGCUCUCGGAGUACUUCCUGCUGCUGGAAGACAACACGCGGUGCGCCCCCAGGUUUGUUUCUGCCAUCUACUGGACGCUGGCGGCCUGGAGGGAGCUGCGCUGGGUGGUCCUGGAGUUCUCCAGCCUGGGCUCCGGGAAGGUUCUGCGCAGCAGCCACCUCCCCCUGCUCACCUCCGUCCGCCUCCUCUUCCCUGAGGACGCUCCUCUACGCUUGCUGCUAGCAAAUUUCCGCUUUCUCUUGGGCCAGAGGGUUCCAAUUCGCUUUGCUCCCGAUCUCUUCUACCGCACGGAUGACCUUAAUUCCCAGCGCACGUGUUGUUUAGAGGAAGAGGAAGAAGAUGGAGAAGAGUAUGAGAAUCCCGAGAAACCCAGCAACCCUCCUGCCACGCUCUACAACACCAUGAUCGCGUUGUCCAGCGCUCACCUCCCGGAGUACGCCUACCUCCCAAUCCUGAGCCACUUCCAGACUGAGAACGUCAUUCCUGGGGACACCUACACCUUGGUGUUCGAUCUUCCUCACAGGGUGGUCCAAAUACAGGUGCUGACUGGCCUCGGUGCCCAGGGGCUGUACCACCUGGAGCACGGGCAGGUGGAACUGGGCUAUGAGCCCGUGCUGGAGGGAACGGGCUGUGCCCACUAUGUGCUGCUGGGCCCCCUGGUGAAGGGCAAGUGCAACCAGAAGGUCCCGUACACAGCAGGUCUCAUGGGGGCCGUGAGGUGUGUGCGGCUGCUGGUGACAGCCCGACAGCACUCCUCUGUGACCAUCAGCCAGAUCAAUGUCUGGACUAGAGCUGAGGAAGAGUAGGGGUAACGAGGCCAGUGUUCGGGGACGGGCUCAGCACUGAUGACAGGAAAUUAAAGCUUUGAAAUUUGUCAGGAGCGCCAUCGUGCUUGUUCCGGUUGUUCACAUCGAGGACCCGGACUCCCAAGAGGCAGAAAGAAAACUGAACCCACAGGACCCCCAGAGCCCCUCCAGCUUUCUCUCCACGAAGACCUGCUGUGCCAGCGUCUUGCCCUCAGGCAGCUACCCUGUUGCAGAGCACCGGGAAUGGCCUGAGGCUGAACUGGCAUUCGCCUUCCUGUGAAGUCCAGUGCCCCCGGGAGCAAACCUUGCAUCUGUCACCAAACCUUGCAUCUGUCACCGAGAGUUCAAGUCCGG